GCCAGAUCUCGGACGCCAGGCGACUCUGCCUGUGUCCUCGCACAUCAUGGAGGGCAGAUCAGGUUCAGACCCACCUGCAUCUUCCUCAGCCAAGGUCAUUGAGGUGCCGACGGUGUCGUCCUGCGCCACCAAGGUCACCACGAGCCUGGAUCUGGCACUGGACAGCCGACACGACCACAGCACACUGCCUGUCAUCAUGGAAGAGGAGACUCUCUCGCGCCGGCUGCGCAAGUGCUGCAAGUGUGUGGUGAGUCCGUCAGUGGGUGGGGGAGGGACACACUGACUGACGAACCAAGCAGAUCGCUUUGCUUGCGACUGGGUGUGUGCAGCACGAGUCGCUUCAGAUCCUCUGCUGCAUACCCUCGUCCAUCAUCUGGAAGCGGAGGGUAAGGAAACGGCACACACGUCAUCCCAUCUCCCUGGGAUCUUUCUGCGUGCUGUGUUGUGCUGUGUUGUGCUGUGCUGUGUUGUGUGUGGUCGGCUGGGCUGGCUCCAUCUGCAGAAGAUGGGUGUGAGCAUGCAGAAGAUGGACUUCGUCAAGAGGGAGCUGCGCACAUUCGUUAUCUGGAGCAGGCUGGUGGGUCUGUCCUUCCUCCCCGAUGACAACAACUUUGUGCUCUGGGUCUGGCCUGUCAUCAUACAAGUGGGUGCCCUGCCCUGCACCACACCUCACCACACUCGCAGAAGGCCUGCAGCAAAUGCUGCACGGGCUGGUUGUCCACGUGAUCCAUCCAUCAAUCAGGUGUUGCUGUGGCACACGACAUUUGUCAACACGAUGGGGCUGUGGUGGUCCGUCACCUACCAGCACCAGCUGCAGCACAUGCAGAUGGAAGCAUCAGAGGCCAACGGCAGCGAUGCGGUACCCAUGACUGACUAAUCAGAGAGGCACGACCCACACACACACAUGUUUUGCCUGCUUGUUGUGUGCUGCAGCAGCAGCAGCAGCAGCAGGAGCGUGGCGCCGCGGAGAUGAGACAAGAGGAGCCGCUCGACCCUUUUGUCGUGUUCCUCUUCUUCUCAGCCUCGCUGGCGAUUACCGUCUCGUACACCGUGCUGCGCAUUCAGUGGUACAUCGACACCAUGCCAUGAGGGAAGGCCGGCAUCCUUUUGUCGUGACUGUGCGUGUGUGUAUGGUGCAGGUAUAAGAAGGGAGCGACAUUCGGCCAGGUGGUGGAGUUCCACCGAGCCCGCGGCGGGCGCUUCCUGCGUCUGCUGCGUGGGCCGAUCGUCGCCAGGCUUGUCAUUUCGAUUGUGAUAUGCAUCGCGAGCUGGCUCCACUUCACGCUACACGAGUGAGUGAGUGCGGCACCAUGGCAUGAUGAGGGAUGGGCGUGGUUGCAGUGUGGUACGGCGGAUCGGUCAUUCUUUCGUGACUGUAUAUGUGUGUUGACCUGCAGGUACAUUUCCAAGUGGGUGCGCGGAAAGGCUGUGGGGCAGUACAUUAUGCCGGGCUCGGAAUGGGAGGGCCUCAACGUCUUCGUGCACGUCAAUGUGACGAUCUCGGCCUUCCUCGGCUACCUCGUCCAACCCAUGAUCGCGUGAGCACCGAAUGAAUGAGACCAACACACACACAUGGAGACAAAAACGGGACACUCCCUGUAUGUGUGUGUGUGUCUGUGUCCCACCAUCGUCAGCGUGUCUGUGGCGGGUCUUUUGUCGACCAUCUGCCAGAUGCACACCGCGGCCGUUAACUGCCUCCUCUGGGAGCUCUCGGAGCCUGUGCGCAUCCAGGAGAGGCAGCGCAAGCGGCGCAUCAACAAGAAGCUCAGUGCCGGUCAGAUCAGCCGCUACGACAGCUCCGAGCAGCUGCCCCUCAUGAACGCCGUGACGGGGCAUAGCACCAGUGGCGACCACCUGGCGAUGGACGACGACCUGCGCGCGCUGAGUUCCCUGGUGCAGGGGGGCGGGGAGGGGCGUGAGGGGGCGGGGGAGGACGAAGAAGAGGCUGGCGUCACGUAUACACCACAGAGAGUGGCUUACCUUAUGGAUCUUCAUCGCAAGUACGUCAGUCAGAAGGGUCAGAGGGAGAUCUGACGGUGUUAUCGUCAUCUUGCUUUGUUGUCGUGUCUGUGUGUGUGUGUGUUUGUUGGGCCUGAGCCAGAAUCGACUCCCUCAUCACCCGCAGCAGUCGGGCGGUGCAGCUGCCGAUAGCCACCAUGUCGCUGCUGUACUUCAUCACCUUCCUUACUUGCGCCUUCCUCUUCGUCUUCCUACCCAAAAAAACACAAGACGUCAACAUGGUCAUCUGUGUCAUCGGCGUCUUCAUUACUGUGGGCAUCUCAUGCUACUGGCUUCUGAGGGCAUCCAGCCAAGUGACGGCCAAGUGCCGCAGACUCGGCGAGACAGCGUCCCUCAACCCCUGGUAGCCACCUGCACACAGGCGACCUGCAUACACGGGGGCGCCCAUUCUGCCGUCAUUCGUCUCUCUUCCUCUUCCUCUUCCUCUGUCUCUGUGCGUUGCGUGCAGCCCCAAUGCCCUGCUGCACAUCGAUGUGGACGAGACGGCCUUGGCCGAUGGAGAGGUCGAGGGCUUCAUCCACCCCCAGACAGAGACGCCCGCCUACCGCGCGUCCAUUCUGCGCGACCACACGAUCGUCAUCUCGGCCACCAAUGAGCUCGCCGCCCUCCCGCCCCUCUUCCCUCCGUCUUCGCCCUCCACCAGCCCCUCGCACAGGGACAAGAACGAGCCAUCGCCGGUGGUCGAGUCGCCGCUCUCCCUCACGCCACCCAAACAGAGCCGCUCGCUGUCCGAGGGAGAGGCCGUUUCCAACGGCUCGCCCACCACAGCCCCAUCAGCUGCUGCCUCGUCGAGUGGCGGGCCGCCGUGUGUGAUCGGCAAGCAGGAUGCCGAAGUCCAGACGAGUGGAAGGGACAGAGCAGAGGACGAUGCCAGUGUGCGGCGGCCGCCGUGUGAGGACUGGCUGCAGCAGGUGAUGCUGGUGCAGUUUUUCUCGAGCACCAGUAGUGGGUGGCGCGUGUAUGACAGCCUGAUCACGCCGGAGUUGCUGUCGAGGGUAGUCUACGGGAGCGUCACGAUAUUCGCCAUCGCCAUCCAGCGAGUCGUGCUGUCGUACGGCGAAGUCGUGUAGACAGCACUUACUGUAAGACAGCUAUGGAUGGAGUCGGUGCGGUGGCUGCGACUGGGGGACUUUUUUUGCUCUCUGCCACCAGCCAGCUGCUGUAUAGUAAAGUAAGUAUUUGCUUAAGGGGUAAGGGCCGCGGUCUUUAUCGAUCGCGUUGUCGGUGUGGUGUGGUGUGGUGUGGGGGUCAGAGGCGGUUUUGACACAGCCGCCGUCAUCUCCAUGUGUGUGCGAGUGCAUAGAUGCUUAGGGGGGCUGGGGGGGAGGGGGAGGUAAUUGGUUGAGAGCUGCGUGUGUGCGCGGCCCUGUUUGUGUCGUGCGGGCCGUCUGGCUGUCUCCUUUCUGUCUAGCCAGCCAGACGAGUGCCAGCGCUUUCCUCCCCCCCUGCUGCUGUGGCAAUGAUUCGGCUUCCUGCAUUGCAUUCAGUGCCGAGAGCUACCGUGUGAUCGACCAAUUCAUUUUGGUGCUGUGUACCCGUGGAAGUCCAGCCGACACAGGCAUGGAUUUCCCUGAGUGCAUGGCGCCGGGGUGGAACUGGUCAGUCAAUCACUCACUCAAGAGCUCUGCUUGAUGGCCUGUUUUGUUCAUUUGGGCGGGCUGCGGGUGGGUGGGGUUUGGUUUCAUUUGGUGUCUGCCUGCCUGCGACGUACGUGCAUCCUUGUUUGAGGGCUCUGGCGACCAAGCUGGAGGGGUGGGGGCUGUGCAGUGAGUGCAUUUGUGUGUGAGAGUAAUGGUGUAUGUGUGUGUGUGUAAGGGUAAUGGAAUGCUGUGUACGUGUAAGGGGCCGGGAUGGGUGACGCUAUUUCCUGUUUUUUCUCCUGUCCCUGCCUGCAAUGGUGCGGGUGCGCUGCGCUUGGUGUGGACGAGUACGUGACGGGUACGGUACACUGACUGAUUGCUGUCCCAACGAUUGAUUCAUCCCCAUCAGCCAGGCCCCAAAUCUCAAGUGACC